UAGGUUUAAUGUAUUUAUUUUUCAGGGUGUUAUGCGUUUGUGCAUAAAACAAUGGGGGCCAACAUGGGUAAAAGUUCAGCAUCUUUGCUGGAUGCACUCCCUACACCACAAAGUCAUUUGCAUGUAGUCAUGUUGGGCCUAGACAGUGCUGGUAAGACUACAGCUCUCUACAGACUUAAAUUCAACCAGUACCUGAAUACAGUUCCUACUAUUGGAUUUAACUGUGAAAAAGUAAAAGGAACUGUUGGUAGGGCCCGAGGGCAAACAUUUCUUGUGUGGGACGUUGGUGGACAAGAAAAACUUCGACCACUAUGGAAAAGUUAUACUAGGUGUACUGAUGGUAUAUUAUUCGUUGUGGAUAGUGUAGAUGUAGAACGAAUGGAAGAAGCAAAAAUGGAAUUAGCCCGCACCGCAAGAGCCCCAGAAAACACAGGUGUACCGAUUUUAGUAUUAGCAAAUAAACAAGAUUUGCCUGCAGCACGAGAUUCAGCAGAACUAGAAAGACUUUUAGGUCUAAAUGAACUUAAUCAUUUGUGGCAUAUUCAAGCUGCUUGUGCUAUAACUGGGGAUGGUCUUCAAGAAGGUUUAGAUGCGCUUUACGAUAUGAUAUUAAAACGCAGAAAAUUAGCUAAACAAGUAAAAAAGAAAACUCGAUAAAUUAGUUAAAUGUCAGAAUGACUAAAUUUUUAUAUAAAAGUACUGUGCUAUUGGGAUAAUGAAUACAUUAAUAUAUCCUAUUUUUGCACUAUAAUAUGAAAUUUCCAUGACACAUGUUUAACAAUAAACAACCCAUAAUGUAUUUUGGUUUUGAUAUUGACGAUAUUAAGCGUAUAUUAUUUAUACCGGGUACAUUUAUUUAAUCAUUUAAAUUAUUAAUUUUUAUUUAAAUGACAUAA